AUGAUAGUCCCGUUAUUUAAAAAAGCUGCGAUAAACCAAGGAAAUUCUCUCCGAACUGCUAAUUGGUGGUCGGAGAUGUUAGCCGCGUGCGAGUCAGGCGAGGUGUUCGCGCUGUUGGAGGCGCGCGAGACCCUCGACAAUAUCGCAGCGCUCUACAACAGCGUGCGUGAGCCCUGGCUCACGCGCUCGCUGCUGAUGUACCACUCGCGCACCGGAUCCGCGCGCGCGCUCGAGCUACUCGUCCGCGCGCCCGACGCGCACGCGCGCCACCUGCUCGACGCGCUGCACGAGCAGCUGCGCGGCGACCUGACCGCGCGGCUGCACGCGCUGGCCGCGCUGGCGCCGCUGGUGGCGCGCCGCCCGCCCUGGCUGCACCGCCUGCCCGCGCACCCGCUGGCGCGCGAGCUGCUGCGCACCGCGCGCCUCGAGCGCGAGCUGCUGCCGCUGCUAUACGCCCUGCUGGCGCUGGCCGCGCUGCUGCCGGCCGAGCCCGCGCUGGCGGCGCCGCACUGGCCCGACCUGGCCGACGCGCUGCUGCGCCCCGCCGCGCUCGACCUACCGCCGCCCGCGCGCGACCACCUGCAGCUGGCGCAGCUCGCGCUCUUCCAUGCGCUCUACACCACACACCCCUGCACGCUGCUCGAGACGUUGCGCGCCGAGUGUGCCGCCGGCGACAUGCGUGAGCUGUGGGAGCGCGGCGUGGCGCCGCUGCUGCGCUGCGUGCGCUUUCAUCCCGCACUGGUCACAGGCUCGCGCCAGCUGGAGGCCGACGCCACGCGCCUAGCACGCCUCGAAAUAUACGACGUGUUAGCCGAGGGUGGGCGGGCGGUCGAGGAGCGCGCGCCGGCGCCCGCGCCCGCGCCCGAGGCGCCGCCCUCCCCUGCGCCCGGAUCCGGUGCGCACGCCACGCGUGCUGCUUCUGCGCUGCGGCCCGGCGCCGAGCCCUGGUUCGCGCUGGGCGACCGCUGCGGCGCCGAUUCCGCGCCCAACACUCCGCUGCCGACCGACGCCGACGCCGCGGAGCCACCGGAGGCCGCCGUCGAGGCCACACCCGAGAAUACGCCCGCCAAGGAGACGAGGGCACAAUUCCGCUUCCCCACCGAAUCUGCCGUGGUGCGCGCCAUCGGACGGCGCUCGCAGCCGCCGUCGCCGCUGCGCAAGGAGACGUCGCCCCCGGCGGGCGGCGUGGGGGGCGGGGAGGGCUACGCGGCCCGGCUGGCGCGCGUGGCGCUGGAGCGGCGCGCGGCGGAGUCGCCGGUGGCGUUCGGCGGGGGGCCGCCGCCGGCGGGCGCAGUGGCGCGGCCCGAGCCCAGCCGCGCCGCGCCCGCCGCCGACCCGGAGCCGCUGAACAUAGAGGACCGUGAGGUGCUGGAGCUCACGGAGCGCGCGCGCGCCGAGCGCGCGUGGGUGGGCGCGGACACGAGGACGCCGGUGGCAAGGGACCCGCGCGCGGGCGAGGGCGGGCGGCGCGCAGGGGCGGGGGCGGGCGGGGCGCGGCGCGCGGCUUCGUGCUCGCCGCGCGCGCAGGGUGGCCACGCGGUGUCGGUGGCGGUGCAGACGCUGGAUGUGUGGCCGGCGCCCUACGAGUUCCUCAUAGCAGACUUCUAUCGCAAUCUCUCUGAAGAAAACCGAAAACAGUGCUCUAGCGACAAAAUAGACGAGCCGGUCCCUCCGUGCGAGCGCCUCGACAACUACCUGUCGGAGCUGUACUCGGGUCGCGUCGCCGCCAGCUCGUCCGAGCUCGCCGAGCAGCUCGCGCUCGUGCAUGCGCAGCUUAUGUACGAGCGCUGGCGGCGCGAGGCCUACGCCGAGCGCAACCGCCGCCUGCUGGGCCGCUGCCGCCAGGCGCGCGCGCUUGAGCUGCAGAACGCGGCGCUGCGCGACCGUCUGCGCGACGCCCAGCUCGAGCGCGACGAGACGCUGCAGCGCCUGGCGCGCGCCGCGCCGCCCGCCGCGCCCGCCGCCCUCGCCUCCGAGCGCGAGCUGCGCCUCGAGGCCGCGCUGGCCGAGGAGAGCGCCGCGCGCCUGCGCGCCGAGGCGGCGCUGCACGAGGCCGAGGCGCAACGCGCGCUGGACGCGGCCGAGCUGCGGCGCACGCGCGGCGAGCAGUUCGAGGCGGCGCGCCACGUAGAGGCGCUGGCGCGCGCCGCGCUGGCGGCCGAGCGGCGCGGCGAGCACGUGCGGCGGCUGCGACGCGAGCUGCUCGUGCUGGCCGAGCGCGAGGCGCGGCUGGGCGAGGCGGUGCGCGCGGCGUGCGGCGCGGCGGCGGGCGCGGCGGCAGCGCGCGCGGCGGCCGAGGAGCGCGCGCUGCGGGCGGCGCUGGCGCGCGCGGAGGCGGAGGCGGAGGGCGCGGCGGCGCGCGCGGAAGCGGCCGCGGCGCGCGCGCACGAGCUGGAGGCGGCGCUGGGCGCGCGCGACGCGGCGGUGGGCGAGCUGAAGCGCGCGACGCGGCACGCGGCCGAGGAGCACGCGGCGCGGCUGCGCGCGCUGCAGGACAAGUGCGCGGCGCUGGCGCGCGUGGUGCGCGCGGGCGAGGGCCGGCGGCUGGAGUGGCUGGCGGAGGCGGGUGCGGGGGUGGGGGCGGGGUCGGCGGCGGGGCGCAGC